AAGAUCUUUGAAAUCGAGGCUAAGGGAAAGCAUGAUUACUAGAACUUUCUUUUAAAUUUCCAGGGAGAAAGUGGUUGUCGAGAUGGCAGAGGAAGAGGCUAACCAAUUGAAAUCUAAAGGAAAUAAAUUUCUUCAAGAAGGAGAUUUUGGCAAAGCAAUUGAAUGCUACUCAGAAGCCAUAGAGCUGUGCCCCAAAAACCAUGUUUUGUUUAGCAACAGAUCUGCAGCAUUUGCAAAGCAAGAGAAAUACUCAGAAGCAUUGGUAGAUGCUAAGAGGACAGUUGAACUAAACCCUCAGUGGGGGAAGGGAUACUCAAGGCUUGGAGCUGCUCUCACUUAUUUGGGUAGAUAUGCUGAGGCCAAGCAAGCCUACGAGGAUGGUUUGAAGUAUGAUGCAGACAACGAGCAACUCAAAAGUGGCUUGGAGGAUGUCAAAAGUCGUAUCACCACAUCAUCUUCCAAUAGACAAAAGCGAGCCAGCCCAUUUGAUAGUGCAGAUGUGCAAGCAAAGCUUCUAGCUGAUCCCUCAACAAAGGAAUUUAUGAAAGAUCCUGAAUUUCUUGAGAUACUAAAUAAUAUCAAGAGCAACCCUGAUAUGCUGGGAAUGUAUAUCAACGACCCUCGUGUCAUGCAAGCUCUUGGUGUUAUUCUUGGUAUCAAUAUUCAGACUGCUGGUGGGCAAGGUGCAUCUCAAAGCCAAGACGAUUUACCAAACCCAAAACCAAAGGAAGAGAAAGCAGAAAGCAAAACGAAAACAGAAGAGGCAACUGAAGUUGAUACUAGAACUGAAAGCCAGAAAGAGGCUGAAAAUGAAAAGGAAAGUGGCAAUGCUGCUUAUAAAAAGAAGGAUUUUGACACUGCUCUAAAGCAUUACGGGAAAGCUAUCGAACUAGAUCCAGAAAACAUUGCCUAUUACACUAACAGAGCAGCCGUUUAUUUUGAACAAAAGAAGUAUGAAGAUUGCAUCAAGCAAUGCGAAGAAGCUGUUGAGGUUGGGAGAAAGAACAAAGCUGAAUAUAAAGCAAUCGCUAAGGCUUUGUCGAGAAUAGGCAAUGCAUAUGCAAAGAUGGAAGUCUUCGAUAAAGCAAUGCGGUACUAUGACUUAUCCUUGGCUGAGUUCCGGUCACCUGACGUCAUCAAGCGAGCAGAUGAGCUCAAAAAAUUGAUGAAAGACAAAGAAAGACUUGAAUAUAUUGACAAAGAUAAGGCUGAGGAAGAAAGAGUAAAGGGCAACGAGCUUUUCUCCCAAGGGAAAUAUCCAGAGGCAAUAAAGCAUUACACUGAAGCACUGAGACGAAACCCUGACGAUGCAAGAGUUUACAGUAACAGGGCAGCUUGCUACACGAAACUUGCAGAAUUCCGACUAGCAAUCAAGGAUUGUGAUGACUGCUUAAAGAUAAACCCCGACUUUGUGAAAGGACAUUUACGAAAAGCAGGAGCACUUUUGGCAGUAAAAGAGAACAGAAAAGCGCAAGAUGCUUAUAAAAAGGCCCUUGAACUGGAUCCCAACUGUCAAGAAGCGAAGGAAGGCUUGAAUAAAUCUAUGUACGCUAGGUAUAGUGCUGACCCAGAGCAAAGAAAAAGAGAAGCCAUGCAAGAUCCUGAAGUCCAGAGUAUCAUGAUGGACCCAGCAAUGCGAAUGAUUUUAGAACAAAUGCAGGAAGAUCCAAGGGCUGCCACAGAGCAUUUGCGUAACCCAGAGAUUGCCAUGAAGAUCAAGAAGUUAAUGGACGCAGGCAUAUUAUCAAUGAAGUGAUGCUAGCCGAGCAUUGUUCAUUAUCAGACGACGACUGUGGACCACAUUGAAGUUGCUUCUUCCUCUUAUUCGCUUUCGAAAGUUCACCAUCGAUAUUUUAAUGGAUUUAUUCACUUUUUAAGAAUAAAUCUCAUUAAAGAUCAACUUUGUAAAUUUUCCAAACAUUUGAAACAGAGAAAAUGGA